GCACCUGCUCCAGAACCAGCUCCAACAAGACCUGUCAGUACAGGGGAAUCCGAAUUGCUUGGUCGUGGUCGACAGAGAGGGCCCUCUGGAGCAGUGGGACGCAAAGAUGUUGUUGAGGUGAUAUCUGCUGGAUUUAAAGAGAUGUCAUUGGCAGAAAGAGGUGGACGUCGGCGAGACUUCCAUGAUUUUGGAGUGAACACAAGGAAGGCAAUGGAGCAUGUCAAAGAGUCCAAAACUGGUGUUUCUGGAAGUCUAAUACGAUUGAUAACAAACUAUAUUCGCCUAAGCUCUCGCCCGCAGUGGGCUCUGUAUCAGUACCAUGUGGAUUAUAAUCCUCAAAUGGAAUCAAGGCGUUUGCGAACAGUACUAUUGUUUAUGCAUGACAAAAUUCUUGGUACAACUCGUGUAUUUGAUGGUUCAAUCUUAUUCCUGCCUAAAAAACUGGAAAAGAAAGUCACUGAACUACUGAGCCAGACACGUGAUGGCCAGAAUGUGAAGGUAACAGUUACUUUGACCAAUGAAUUGCCUCCAACAUCUCCAACAUGCCUUCAGUUUUACAAUAUUGUGUUCAGAAGGCUUUUAAAGAUGAUGUCCUUGCAGCAAAUUGGCCGAAACUAUUACAACCCUCAGGAUCCCAUUAUGAUUCCACAACACCGAAUCAUGGUUUGGCCAGGAUACACCACUUCAAUUCUGCAGUACGAGAACAGUGUCAUGUUAUGUGCAGAUGUCAGUCACAAGAUUCUACGUAGCGAAACUGUACUUGAUGUGAUGUAUCAAUUAUAUGAGCAGUUUGGUGAACACCGGUUUCAGGAGGCCUGCUCAAAGGAGCUAAUCGGAGUCAUAGUUCUUACCAGGUACAACAACAAGACUUACCGAAUUGAUGACAUUGAUUGGGUUCAAAAUCCACGAAACACCUUUAAAAAAGCAGAUGGAUCUCAAAUCAGCUACAUAGAAUAUUACAAGAAGCAAUAUAGUACAGACAUCACUGAUCUGAACCAGCCAGUGCUUGUCAGUCAGCCCAAAAGACAAGGACCUGGAGGUACUACUAUAGGACCCAUCUGCCUCAUUCCAGAGCUCUGCUAUCUUACAGGAAUGACUGACAAAAUACGUUCCGAUUUCAAUGUUAUGAGAGACCUGUCUGUGCAUACAAGAUUAACACCAAAACAAAGAGAACAGCGGUUAUGCCGUUUCAUGGACUACAUUCAAAAGGAUGAUAAUGUCCAGAAGGAACUCUCUGAUUGGGGUCUCCAGUUUGAUACUGAGUUGCACUCGUUGUCUGGUCGAGUUGUGCCUUCAGAGAAGAUCCACCAAGGUGGAAAAAUGUUUGACUAUAAUCCUCAAGCAGCAGAGUGGUCCAGAGAAACCAGAGGCGCAUACCUGAUUAAUCCUAUUCCACUGGAAAAUUGGGUGCUGAUUUUUACCCGAAGAAAUGUUGAUGUAGCUCGGAGCCUUUUCCAAACUCUAGGCAAAGUAGUAAAUGCAAUGGGCAUUAGAAUGGAAAAGCCAUUAAUGUAA